AUGGGUAUGUGGAGGUGGAAGGUAGACACCCCACUUAAGCUAGAAUAUUUCAAGCAGGAGUUCGUCAUCCCUGCCGAUGUUCACUUUAGGUUGGCUGGGGAGGAGGACUCCAUCAUGCCCAAAGACGAUUCUAUGCCUUUUCCAGUCAUAGCUUUCGUAGAGUGUGGACUUAGGCUCCCUCCCGAUAUUCUUUUCCUAGAAUUCCUUCACUAUUAUAAACUCAACCCAAUGCAAUUAGCUAUUAUCUCUUACAGAGUCAUUAACGUUCUUCCUCAGCCUCAAAAGGACUUCUGCAAAAACUUCUAUCCCAGUAAGGAUUUUAAGAAGCUACUCAACUUGCCUAUCAAUCAACACAAGGCUCCUCUGCUCCUGAACUAUAUCCCGACUUACAAAUCCGUCUUGCCCGACAUCCCGAAAAAGAGCAAGUCUCCUCCCUCAGCAACAACUCCUACUACAACUUCAUCGCCUCGGCCAGAUCAGGGAUCAACAUUUGGUCCUAUGGAACAGCCAUCAACCUCGGCUCCACAAAUAAUCCUACCUUCUCAACACAAACGCCGACGCCGAACCGCAGCUACCGUUGAGAUGGGUCAUAAGAAGGCUGUAGUAGAUGACCUUCUAGCCAACAUCCCCAACAUUGUCACCGUACAACCUUCACCAUCCCAGUCUCAACCAAAGCCAAAGCCGAAGCCAAAAAGACUGAAGAAAGCCCAACCCAAGGCAACGAUAACUCAGAUCGACUCUGAGGAUACCUUGUCGAUCUCUAAAAUUGCUAAGGUGGAAAAAAGUGCCUCCACCGCCGAAAAGCGGCCCGCCGAGGCUGCUCCAUCUGAAUCAACCCGGUCAAAGAAACCGAGGUCAGAGUCUACGAAAACCUUAGGGUCCAUGAAAUCUGAUGCCCCCUGGGCCCCUCUAAUUACUAUUAAGGACAAGCUAGUCAAGGUCGGCGAUAGCGCAACUGACCUUGAAGUCGGCGUCGCAUUCUCUACUGCCUUGUUCCUUCCAAAAGACCUCGAAUGCAACACCGAGGUCAGCGAAUACGAAAACUCUGCUCUAAUGUUGCAGCACUCCGUUCAAGCAAUCCAGCACGCUUACUCCUUCGCGAUGCAAGCUUUUGACAUCAAGAAGGAGUUGGUCAACAAGACCAAGGAGGCUGAUAGUUUGCUGAAGACAGUCAACAAAGCCGAGGCCAAGAUGAAGACACUGAUGGAUCAGGCCAAGGCAGCAAAAAAAGCCCAAGACGAGGCCGAUGAGAGGGCCGGCGCUGCUAAGGCCAUUGCUAAGGUUCUUGAAGCUGAGAAAAAAGAGGCCGAAGCAAAGACCGCCGAAGCCCAAGCCGAGCUCAUUGCUGCCUUGGCCGCAAAGGACGCCGAGAUCAAGACGGCGGAUGAGAAGGCGUAUGCCGAGAGGGCAACCGACAUCAAAGAAGACUACAAGAAACAAGAGUUGGCUGUCCCCGAGGAUUCUGCUCUCAAGAAUGCUAGCAACCUCGUCCUGCCAUUUCCUCCCUCUCCAAGCCAGUCCGAGGACGAGGUUGAGUCCGAAGAGGAAGCUGAGGUCGAAAAGUCCGAGAAGGCUAUGGAUGCUGGGGCCAAAUCCCCAACUCUGAAUGAGCAAGUCUUGGACUUGACUCAGGAUAAGGCGGACGAGGUCUCAAAAGAUGCCACCCCUGAGAAGAAAACAUCUGACGCGCCUAUCACCAAGAAGAGCAUCGACCAGACUCUCUAA